UAACACUAUCAUGUUAAUUAAAAAGGUUUUAAUCGGUGGUGGUACUGGUUUCAUAGGUCAAAAUUUAAACAAAUUGCUAACGUCGAAUGGUUAUAAUGUAGUAAAUGUAUCACGGAUGCCCGCCGCCAAUAACAUAUCUUGGUCGACUUUGGAGAAAUCAGGAUUGCCAGAAUGUACAACCGCAGUAGUUAACUGUGCAGGACAACAGUUUAUGGAUUUUAAAAAGAGUUGGACCCCUGGAUUUAAACAAAAUGUUCAAAAUUCACGAGUUUAUACAACCAAGUCAUUAGCAAAGGCUAUAAAUCAAACCAAUAAGAAACCAAAGGUUUUUGUUUUGGUUACCGGAGUGGGAGCCUAUGAACCAUCAGAGACAAUAAAAUAUGAUGAAAACAGUCCCACAACUGGAACUGAUUUCUUUUCUAAACUCUUAGUGGAAUGGGAAAAGGCAGCCUAUGUAGAUCCACCUGUUAGAUUGGUUAUAAUCCGUUCUGGUGCAGUAAUCGGUCGAAAUGGUGGAAUGAUUAAGAAUAUGAUUGUACCGUUUUUCUUUGGCCUCGGUGGCAGACUGGGUUCAGGCAAGCAAUAUUUGCCAUGGAUCCAUAUUGACGAUCUGACAGCACUUAUAAAGUAUUCUAUAGAAAAUGAACAAGUCAAAGGAAUUUUGAAUGGUGUUGCUCCACAAGUUGUUACUAAUGAACAAUUUACUCAGUCUUUUGCAAAAGCAUUGAGCAGACCAGCAUUUCUGCCAGUUCCAGAAUUUGUGCUGAACUACAUGCUUCACCCGGAGAGAGCCAUGAUUGUAACCAAGGGCCAGUAUGUAGUACCUAAGAGAGUUCUUGAAUAUGGAUUUAAAUAUAAAUAUGCUAAUAUUGAUGAUGCUUGCAAAGAAUGUGCAUAUCUGUUGCCUAGGAAGUAAAGAGGAAUUUAAAUCUUCAUAUAAAAGUGACAAGGCAACUGUUGAUAAUAAUGAAAGUUAUUUACACUUAAAACAUUGGUUUAUACUAAAUUUAAUAAGUAAAUGAAGUCAAAUAAUUACAUUAGUGAUAUUUUUAACAAGAUUUUUUUGCGUCAAUAUUAUAAUUUGAACUGUGAAUUAGUGAGAUUAUUUUUAAAAUCAUAUUUACAAUUGAUGUGGUCCCUAUUUUAGUCAAUGUAAUCUACAUAACGUACAUGAUUACAGCAUGAAUGUUUUUGUUUGAAGUCGCGUUGUCUUCGUCUAAAGACUUAUUUUAUAUUCAAGUAAAUUGGCAAAACAAAUGCAUUAUUUCAAUUAAUUCGUAAAUAAAUUUUGUUAAUGAGUACAUUUUGAUUUUAUUGAACUA